AUAAGUCAUACUUAUAAGAGCCCAUUUAUACUUCAUAAAAUGUGCUAUUUAGUGUGUCUAAGAUAAUAUGUUAUGAUUUAUUUGGAUUGAGUUAACUAAAAAAAACUAUUCAAAAGCUUUAACCGGAAGUAACGACUUUGUUUUGAAAGUUUACCGGAAAUAAGCGAGCGUGCUGGUUUCUAACUUGUUGAUCUUGACAGGCAGCUCGAGCUGCGCUCUGAAGUCAGAUGAGUUGACGGUGGUGACUUUAAAAUUGAGUUAAGAAGAGGAAGUGAUUGCUGUGUGAAUUAAUUCACCUUAGAUCACAUUUUAAAGAGAAAAACAAGAAGAAAAAAUGGUAUUUGGGGAUAUUUAAUGAGAUGAUGAGAUGAAACAGGUCGAUUGCAUUGAUGACAGAGGAAACAGAAAGGAUGCGCCGCUUCUAAAUAGACGGAACUAACCAAAACCAUGCGGAUGAUUUCAAGUGAGGAAGCCUCCGGUGUCAUUUUAAAGCCUUCGGGGAUUUAAUUUGUCAACUUCUGCUCUAUGAUGAACAAAAGAUGGGUGCGUCGGAGGCUGCUUGUCUUGGUUUUCACUUUUUUCAUCAUUGUUUUUGCCGACUUUCAAUUACGGACGAGCAGCUCAGUCAAAGUCAGCGUGCUGCCGCAUCCGUCCUCCAGCGCGCGCCUCAGCGCCGCGCGGAAUGUGGCGCUUACCGACAGCAGCAGGAGGCAAUCCCAGCCCCGGGAUCAGAGCGGGGGAAACCCGCACAUCCAAGUCACCCCGGAGAGGCUGCAGCUGCGGGACAUCUUCAUCGCAGUGAAGACCACCGGCAGGUUCCAUAAGACGCGCCUUGCGCUUCUUUUGGAGACUUGGAUCUCCAGAACCAAGGAGCAUACAUUUAUUUUCACGGACACGGAGGAUGAAGAUUUGAGGUCUCAAGAGUUUAGGAGAGGAGUGCCAAAGAUUGAUGCCUGCAGUUUUGGAAUUCAGCAGCCACAUUUGAGUUAUAACAUGGUGGUAACCGGCUGCCACUCAGAUCACAGUCAGCAAGCGCUGUCCUGCAAGAUGUCUGCAGAAUACGACGGCUUCAUGGCCUCAGACAAAAGGUGGUUUUGCCAUGUGGAUGACGACAACUAUGUGAACCCUGCGGCCCUCCUGUCUCUGCUCUCCGCCUUCCCUCAGGAGGGGGACGUCUAUGUGGGGAAGCCAAGCCUGGACAAGCCCAUCACCGCUCAGGAGCUGCUGGAGGGAAACCAAACGAGAGAAGUGCGGUUCUGGUUUGCGACGGGAGGAGCGGGUUUCUGUCUGAGCCGGAGGCUUGCAGAGAAGAUGAUUCCAUGGGCCAGCGGCUCCAGGUUCGAGCAGACAUCAUCCAAGAUCCGCCUCCCGGACGACUGCACUGUGGGCUUCAUCGUAGAGAGGAGGCUGGGCAUCUCCAUGGUUCACUGUCCUUUGUUCCAUUCCCACCUGGAAAACCUGCUCCUCGUCCGGCAAAGGAGCAUACCGCAGCAGGUCACUCUGAGCUACGGGAUCUUUGAGAACAAAAUGAACAGCAUAGAGGUGAAAGGAAGAUUUUCAACAGAGGAGGACCCUUCCAGGUUUAAAACCGUUCACUGCAUGCUGUAUCCCCUCACCAGCUGGUGCCCGUGACAAACGAACGGAGGGUCCGACGUCCUCACACUCGACACGAAGCUGGACCUGGAUGAAUGAAGUACUUCUACCAGAUGAAGGAUUGCUUUAAUUAUGAGAAAAGCUUGAGAAAAACGGAAAAUGUGGAAGAAGCACCAUCGAAUAAUGAUUUUCACAACAAAAAAUCUCGUUAUUUUUCUUUUAUAGACUAAAGAGGAAGAAUUAUGAUGAGGUGCCUUGUUUAUGUGUGCAGAAAAAGCAACUUUUGCCUCAUUUGCUACUGAUUUUUUUUUUAUAAUUCUGUGAAGCUGAAGCACUUAUAAGAAGAUUUAAUCAUCUUCAGGAUUAAACUUUGUACAGAGA